UUUUUUCAGUCUUUCUCAGGUCGUUUACCAAAUUACAUUAUUUAUUUUUGUGGUAUUUUUGACAACAUAUUUUCUAUUUUAAAAAUUUAAUUAAAUUUUGAAAAUUAAUUCAUCAUUUUUUUGGAUACGUUUUGAAUUAAAUUGCAAUAAAGUUCACAAUAAAGAGCCACAAAUGAAUCGAGAAUUUGAUAAUCUUAACACCCCAAAAUCCCUCCAAUUCCUCAACGACUCAAUAUUCUCUCGCAAAGACAUCUUCCCAGACCUUCAUCUACUCGAUGGUCCCCUCAAGCCUUACCGCUUCAGCUCAUCAUUCGAUUGGAGGAAAAUGAAGCUCAUUGUUGACAGCGCAGCUGCUUGGGAUGCGAAGUUCAGAGUGUGGAACUUCAUGGAAGGUCAUAAGUUGUUCCAAAAAUCACAUCAAACUCUGUCAAUUGAUGAACAGCGAAGGAUAGCCAACCAAAGAGCGUUGGUGAUUUUUAAUGAGAAUUUUUAUGACUUUGACGAUCUUGCGUUAGAUUCGAAAGUCAACUCAGCAGUUAGUUCCUUUGAACCGUCAAUGCUUGGAAAGUAUAAGAUUCCAUUUGACAUGUUUCCAUUUGUGCUUAGAUUUUUAGGAAGUGAUCGGAUCGAUCACUUGAUUCAAGCUGUUGAUGAGAUGAAAAUUAUUGGAUGUUUUGCAUUGACUGAAAUUGGACAUGGCAGCAACACUCAGUCUAUGAAGACCACAGCAACUUAUGAGCAAUCAUCAAAAUCAUUCGUCUUAAAUACUCCGAACUUUGAAGCUGCAAAGUGCUGGGUCGGUGGUUUAGGAAAGACAGCAACGCAUGCAGUUGUUUAUGCUCAACUUUACACACCAGAUGGACAAUGUCAUGGACUAAACUCAUUUGUGGUUCCUGUCAGAGAUCCUAAGAAUAUGCUGGUUUAUCCUGGCAUCAUCAUUGGUGAUUUGGGUGAGAAAGUGUCGCUGAAUGGCAUUGACAACGGAUUUAUGAUGUUCAACAACUACAAGAUCCCAAAAGAUUAUCUCCUGUCUAAAACUGGUGAUGUUAAUGAAGCUGGAAACUUUGUGACUCAAUUUAAGGAUCCAAAAAAGCGAAUGGGAGUAUCCUUUGCAGCCCUGUCUGGUGGCAGAGUUGGAAUCUGUGAAAUUGCAACUAAUUAUGGAGUCAUGGCGAUAACAAUUGCAAUCAGAUACGCAGCAAGUCGUAAGCACUUCGGACCUGAAAACAGUGAUGUCGAAUAUCCAGUCUUGGAAUAUCAGUCACAACAAUAUCGACUUAUUCCACAUCUUGCAACAGUUUAUGCCUUAAAAUUCUUCUCGAACUGGAUUGGACGGGAAUAUUUCGACAUGAUGAAGAAGACUUUUGAAGGCGAGAAAAUCAGCCCUGAAACUGGAAUGGAAAUUCAUGCAAUUUCAUCGAGUGGAAAGCCUGUCUGUGGCUGGAUGGUACGUGACUUGAUUCAAGAUUGUCGUGAGGCAUGUGGUGGACAUGGAUACUUGAAAUGUGCACAAUUGGGUGACUUAAGGAACAACAAUGAUCCAAAUACAACUUAUGAAGGUGAAAACAAUGUGCUGAUACAGCAGGCAUCAAACUUCUUGCUUGCUGUACGUUCUAAAGGCUGGAUUGCAUUUGAAAAUGCUUCACCACUUGGAACUGCUGCAUUUCUUAAAGACGGUGACAAGAUAUUGAGUAUGAAAUGGAAUUGGACUAAAGUUGGAUGUGCAAUGAAGCCAGAAUAUCUGCUCACAACUUUCAACUGGAUUUGUUCCUACAUGCUGGAGAAAACAUUCAAUCGAGUCAAAAUUCUUCAACAAUCUGGUCAGUCAAGCUUUGAUGUCCGCAACAAUUCACAAACAUUUCAUGCUAAUACUUUAGCUGUUGCCUACGGUCAACGUCAAGUUGUUGCUGCAUUUUUAGAGGAAAUCCAUAAAUUAUCACCUGAUUCAGCAGAACGUGAAGUUCUCACAAAACUUUUGUCACUUUUUGCUGCCAACUUAAUAUCCACAAAAUACAUUGGGGUGCUUUAUGAGAGUGGAUUUAUAGCUUCAAAUGGACCUAAUGUCAAUGACUUGCUACAAACUGGAAUUCUUGCAUUAUUGACUGACUUGAAGAAUGAUGCAGUUUCUCUGGUUGAUUCCAUUGCACCACCUGACUUCAUUCUGAACUCACCACUCGGCAUGAGCGAUGGCAAUGUCUAUAAACAUCUUGAAUCAUACAUAUACCAAACACCAGACACAUUUACACGUGCAUCAUGGUGGAAGGAGUGUGUUUAUAAAGACUUUUUGACAUCCAAGUUAUGAGUUGGG